AUGGAAGGGGAAUCAACUGUGAAGGAAAAUGCUGCUGCUGCUGUCGUCGUUCAAGGAGGAGAGUUGGAAAGUUUGUUCACGGAGAAGACGUGGUUGGAUGUUUUCGCGGAGAACGAAUUUCAAAAAUCAUACUUCAAACAACUCAGCGCUUUCCUCUCGAACGAGUUUAAAACGCAGAAAGUGUUUCCUCCGAAAGAACACAUCUUUCGAUGCUUCAACACGCUUCCGAUUGAUAAAGUGAAAGUGGUAAUUAUAGGUCAAGAUCCGUAUCAUAACUAUAAUCAAGCGAUGGGUCUCUGCUUUAGCGUCAACAAAGGCAUUCAAACGCCCGGUUCUCUGCUGAACAUGUACAAAGAACUGAAAUCGGAUUUGAACUGCAGGAUUCCCACGCACGGGGACUUAUCGAAGUGGCAAUCGCAAGGAAUACUGAUGCUCAACACGAGUUUAACCGUUCGUGCGCACAACGCGAACUCACACUCCAAAAAAGGUUGGGAGCAGUUUACGGACAAAGCCAUCGAAGAGUUGGCGAAAGCGAGGAAGAAUAUUGUGUUUUUGUUAUGGGGGAAGAACGCGCAAGAUAAGGAAAAACUGAUUAAAAGGAGCGGGAGAGAACACUUGGUGUUGAAAUCGGCGCAUCCCUCCGGAUUAUCCGCGCACAGAGGGUUUUUUGGGAACAAACACUUUUCGCAAACCAACGCGUAUUUGAAGAAAAAUAUGAUUGAACCUAUAGACUGGCAAAUAGAAUCCGCGACGUAUCGAUAA